AUGCAAUUCAACGUCGCCGCUGUUCUCGCCGUCAUGGCAUCCGUCGCUUCGGCCAACAAGAUCUACAGUUCAGUCACGUCAACUGUUACCGCCUGCGACUGCACCCACGGUGUCGCUGCCCCAACAGGUACAGGGUACGCCGCUUCCACCGUAGGAUCUACCGGUGUCGUCUCGGCCCCAACAGCGACUGGUUCCCCAAUCACAUAUAGCAAUGGUGGUUCGGUCAAGGGCGCUUCUGCUAUCGGCAUGAUCGUUGCUGGUGGUGUUGCUCUCUUCCUCUAA